UCUCCUCGGGGAGCGCUUCCGGCCGGCAGCCGAGGGCAGGCGCGGCCUCCCCCGUCAUCUCCCUGUCCGCGGCCUCCCGUCCGCGGCGGGGCCACGGGGUGCCGCUGGGACCGCCGAGGGCGAGAGGAUGUCCCGGGUGCCGGUGGGGAAGGUGCUGCUGCGGAACGUCAUCCGGCACACGGGCGCGCACAACAAGAUCCAGGAAGAGACAGAAAUGUGGAAAAUAAGGGAGUGGGAAAAGCAGACAGAAGAGACUUACUGGAAAAGGCAAAGCAGGAUGCUGUCAGACACCUCCAGCAGUCGGAUGCGCAGUGAUGGCUUUGAUGAGGAGGGCCACAGGGCUGACUGGAAAACAAAGAACUCCCAAUUUCUUGACCCCGUCGAAGAUGAUCUCCUUAGGACCCGAUCCUGGAAUAAAAAGCUGUAUGAAUGUGAAGCCAACAUGCCAGACAGGUGGGGUCACAGUGGCUAUAGAGAGUUGUACCCUGAAGAAUUUGAUACAGAUAGUGACCAGCAAGGAAGAGAUGAACAAAAUAAUAUCAAUGGGAAGAAGAAAUCUCAUCUGGGAAAACAAACUACCCGUGAGUCGCACAAACGGAAAAAAACAAAGAAAUCACACAAGAAGAAGCAAAAAAAGCGAUCACACAAAAAGCGAAAGAAAAAGAAAAAGGAGCAGGGGAGAACGUCAUCAGAUUCUUCCUGGGAGAGUGAGUGCUCAGAAGAGGAGACUUCAAGCACCCGGAAAGGGAAACACAAGCACAAGAAAAAGACCAGGAAAGUGCCUGCCAGGGAACCUACCUCUUCUUCUGGGCAGGAAAGUGACUUUUCUCAUGCAAGCAGCCCAACCACCAGCAGCUCUGAGGACAGUGAAUCUGAGAAAAAAGAGAAACGGCCCCCAAAGAAGAGAAAGAGAAGCCACAAUUCUGUGUUAGAGAGGCACAGUGAAAUACCAGAGAAGAAGAGCAAGAGGAAGAACUGGAAAGUGGCUGCUGAUGAAAAAUCGGAGGAUAGCUCAGAUGAGGACUGAUGAAUCUAGGCUGCAGCUCAAACAAUAAGGUAGAGAACAGAGGCAGGUAUUUAUCUUUCAGCACUGCCCCAUGGUACAACUUGUUUCAGCACUGUGGUUUAUACACAUCCUGCCAACCCACAGUGGCGAAACUGAGCCUUGGUAGG